AUGCCUUGUGCACCUCGUAUGUCGCGCAUAUCGGCGUUGGCACGAAUCUCCUGCUCGCGGUGUCAUCGGCGCAAGAAGAAAUGUGAUCGCGUCCUUCCCACAUGCGGAAACUGUGCAUCUGUGCAUCACUCAUGCAGUCUCGCGGAAGAAGCACACGACACUGCGACGUAUCCGGUUGCAUUUGUUCAGAACCUCGAGAGGCGUGUACGCGAGUUGGAAGUACACCAAGAUGUCUUGGCGUCAUUCACAGAGACGCAUCAAGUGACCCAGAUUGAAGAAGGAGCUUCCCAGCUUGCUGUGAAUACAACCUUGAACUUCAACGAGACGCCCGAUGAGAUCCUGUUGGAAGAUGUUCCCUCAAGCUUCUCCGAUCAGCACACAUCGGGCCAUAGAAGCAAUGGCGAUGCGAACAUUGAAAGACCACCCACCGCGGCAGCUUCCCAAUCAGUUCAAGAUAAUCAGAGCCCCCACCAUCGAAGACAAGAUUCUCUUGCACAGAAUCUCAGGGAUGUGUCACUCGCGGCCGUCGCAGAGCCUUAUCUGGGCACCAUCUCUGGUCUGACAUUCGCCAAAUUAACACAAGCAGUGCUACGGAGGCUAUCACCAGAUGGUCGAGACUUCGUAUUCAACCAACAUGUGGAUGGAAAUGCGGUUCCCAUCGAAGGUGCCACAAUCCUUCAUCUGGAUCUAAUGGACAAUGUGUACUUCGAUUCCGAUCAAGCAAUCGACUUUUCUUUCCUCGCAGAAGGACUGCCUACAUUAGAUGCUCCAACACAGGACACGACGAUCCAGCUCCCAGACCGGACCGAGAUGCUACGUCUUACAAACUUUUAUUUCGACCAUUCACACACUUUGUAUCCUAUCCUCCACCAACAAGAAGUCAUGUCGGACAUUCAUUCAAUCAUGCUGGAUCCGGAUGGCCGCCUGACACGAUCUCCGCCGUGCAUGUUUCGCAUAUGGAUGGUACUGGCUAUUGGUUCAACUGCACAUGCUUCGAUUACUUUGACCGAGGAGUUCGCGUCUAGAUUAUACUACGAGAAGGCCAUGACAUAUUUCGAUGCCUCAAUGGACUAUGGUGAUAUCGUUGCCUUGGAAGCUAUCAUGCUGCAAGUAUCAUAUUCCUUCUUCAACCAAUUCGGUCCAAACACGUGGUUUCUCGUAGGUACUGCUGCACGUUUAGCACUCGGUAUGGGUCUCCAUUGUGACUCGACAUCUCAAGCACUUUCGAGAGUUCAAGCUAUAAGACGCAAGAGACUGUUCUUCUCGGUGUACAUGAUGGAUCGGCUGGUAUCCAUUACGCUAGGAAGACCGUUCGCCAUUCAUGAAGACGACAUUGACAUUUUCUCAUUCAGUAUCGAAGCAUGCGACGAGUUGGAUCGCGAUCCCGGUGCACCUCAGAGCACUCUAUGUCACCCGCCAAUGGCAGUCACUGAACAGAUUCUACGUCUUCGAAAGAUCGCCAAUGACAUUGCUACAAAAGUGUAUUGCAAACGUAUAGUCUCACGCUACUCCACGACAGAACGCCAGCAGAUUCUAGCGGCACUUCAUCAAGAUCUGGUGAGCUGGCGGCAGAGCGUACCCUUUCCAUUGCCAAAUUUGCACUCCAAGGUGCCUCAUGGGUGCACUAGCUGGUACGAUCUGAACUUCUAUACCCACCUCACGGCACUUUAUCGCCCAUCACCGCUAUUCCCAACACUAGAUGUCGACCGAGUCAACAUCCUCACUGAAGCUGCGGCCAUGGCGAUACGACAUGCAAACAGUAUGCGGUUGCAACAGCGUUUAGCCUUCAACUGGCUGACACUUCUUACUAUCUAUAAUGCUGUCAUAGCCUUGGUGUACUCAGUCACAGUACAGCCAGAGAACCUUGCUGCCUCACUGGAGCGUCUGCGUGCAGUGGAGGAUCUGGAGCUCGCGACCGAACUGUUCACGGUUCUGGGUGAGAGGUUUCCUGCUUCUAGAACCAUUGGUACAAUGGUCGCACAGAUAGUCGAUCGAUACAGGCACAUGAGCAGUGCUCCGACAUGCUGA